AUGAACCUCGCGGAUAUCCUUAGCUCAGAGCAGGGGCAUACUAUCGAGGAUGAGACAGGCAGUGAGACUGUCAGAUCACACGACGGGCCUGCCGACGAUGAUUCAACCGUUGUCGUGGAAGGCAACUGUAUCGAGUGUGGAGAUCAAGAAGCGGUACUACAUUGCGAGGACUGUCGGGAGGAUUUCUGUGAGGUAUGCAGUACAAUCAUUCAUCGGACAGGGAAGCGGAGGAAGCAUACAUUGAGGCUGUUGAAGGAGGAUGUGCCGGAAAAGCGGGAUGUUGAAAUGUCUGUUGAACCAGAGGACAAGCGCAAUGGGCAUGCGGUUGCAGCAGAUGAAGAGAUGGAAGCCAAGCUGACUGUGCGGAAUCUGGAUGCUGAACAGACGGAGCGUAUUAAACAACGCGCCCGCUUCAUUCCAUUGCGCUUGACGGCUGAGGAGAGGAAGCUACACAGAUUACUGGAGGCUGCUCUCAAUGUUUCCGAGUACACAGACAAAAUCGAUGUCAUUUCCUACGUCAGCAAGUCACGGCGGAUCGUGGCUCAGCUGAAGGAGAUUUGUGCCAUCUUAUCUGGACUGAUGGUUGCACAAGACUUCAAAGCCGGUCAGGCACUUAUCAAUGACCGAGACUAUACCGUCAAUGCGGAACUAUACAAGACCAUCUUUGAGAUUGGUCGGCGGUAUAAGAUUAUGAACCCUGACCGGAUGCGCGGGACGUAUGGUAAGAUGAUGUUCAUGAUUCAAGACUCUCUCAUUCCGGAAGUGAGCGAGACGUUGGGGUUUGACUUGUUCAAGCCAGUGCUCACAGUGCAUAACUUUCUUCAAGCCCGAGAAGGUCUCGCUGUACUUGAAGAUGACCAGAUCCUGACGGCGACGAUGGAAAUUGUCCCUGACAACAAGACACGGCCCAUGAUACAAUCUGAAAUCAAAGCAAAGGAACGGGCGAUUGAGAGCUUGUGCCGAAAAUACAGCAGUGGUCAUCUGCUCAAAGAGGAUCUUCGACAAUGUCUGUACAGUAUUGGCGACGCAUCCGCAUACCUACGUGCGAAUAGAGAUCCCGUCAUGAGAAUGCGCGAGCUCUUGUUUCGCCACUUCUCACCCGACAAGCCCGAUCGGAACUUGGCCAUUAGAGCAGGUGUUCAGGGCUCCAGGCUCACUCACAGUCAUCGUCAGCAGUUUGAGUAUGCUAGCCAGACACUCAUCCUCUGGGGUCUGAUCAUGGAGAAUAUGUUUGAGCUGUAUUUGCUUGUCGACGCCGACAUGCUCUCAACAACGAGUCGGUACCGUCUCAUGGAUACAGGCCAAGGUUUGAACAGAGUUCAAGCGUGUCCUACGAUAUCUCGUCGCAUGCACUCCAUUCUGGCAAAAGCACAGGGGAUUUGUGGGCAUUGGGUGGGCAGUUCUGCUAUUCAUUUGGGGGACCGGAGUGUCCCGAAUGCACUCGUCUUUAUCGACAAGUACGCACAGAUACCACGCAUUCUUACCCCGUUGUAUACGUCGAUCGCUGCACUGCCCUCGCUCGGGAAAGAUCCGUUUGUGAGUGGAUACUUGGACGAAGCCUUUGGUGGUGUGGAUGAACUUGCCAUUGAGAUUCUUCGAGACUGGGCUCGCAAUGCUCUGGAUGGCAGCGGUGCUUUGAACAAUAUAGAAGCAGGUUCAUGCAUCGAUGGUCGCACUACAAGUUUAUGGAACUGGUGUCACGGUAUACAUGGACGACCUUACUUCAAGGCGCUCUUGCUCGUUGGCUUUCCGGGGUUUGAUGGAUCUGGCUUCAGCGGAUGA